AUGGUCUUUGCACGCCGUUUCUCCGCGCGCGCAUUUGGCGCAGCCCGCGGCCCGUCCACGUCCGCUACUUCGUCCACAUGCCGUCUUUUGACCACCUCCGCGCCGCGCCAGAAUGUCUCCGCUCCAAACACUGGCAGUGCGUCCGGCAGCGCCUCGGCAACCGCGGGCUCGUACCGCAAUCUUGCACUUGGCCUGCUCGCAGUUGGACUGGGAGCCAACGCAUACUACCUCUCCCAGCGUGACAGCAAGCUUCAACUCGACGGACCCAAGGCGGUGAUCAGCAGCGGCGAAUACUCGUACAGCAAUCCGCAGCUGCCGUUCGAGUAUGGAAGCAAGCAGGACUUUGAGGCGGCGAUCGAGGAGCUCAAGGCCUAUUUCACCUCGCAAGGUGAAGCUUGGGACGACUUUGUUACCACGGACGAAGACGAGCUCGAGCGCCGCGGUCUGGACGAGAACGGCCACCGCAGCUCGUCGGAGGGCACCAAACCUUCGGUGGCGGUGUAUGUGCGCGACACUCCGGAUGUGCAGCAAGUGAUCCGCAUCGCGAACAAGUAUCGCAUGCCCAUUGUGCCCUUCUCUGGCGGAACGAGUCUGGAGGGCCACUACAUUGCGCCAUUUGCGGGCAUCUCGAUCGACAUGAGCCGCAUGGACAAGGUGAUUGCCUUCCACCCGGCCGACGGCGACAUUGUGGUGCAGGCGGGCAUUGGAUGGGAGACGGUGAACCAGUACUGCGCCAAGAAUGGCAACCAGCUCUUCUUCCCGCUUGAUCCCGGCCCAGGCGCUACGAUCGGCGGCAUGAUCGGCACGGGCUGUUCGGGCACCAAUGCGGUGCGCUAUGGCACUGCGCGUGGCGAGCACUUUCUCGACAUGAAGGUGGUGCUUGCCAACGGCGAGAUCAUCUCGACGCGCGGCGGCGGACGUGCACGCAAGUCUUCGGCGGGCUUUGACAUUGGCAAGAUCAUCGUGGGUGCCGAAGGCACUCUGGGCAUUGUCACCGAGGUGACGCUUCGACUGGCGCCCAAGAUGCCGUCGGACGCAGUGGCCGUGGCGAGUUUCCCGAACGUGGAGGCGGCAUCGCAGACGGUGAACGAGAUCCUGCUGUCGGGCGUGCCCGUGCAGUGCAUCGAGUUGCUCGACUACAAAAUGAUCCAGUCGAUCAACGAGUCGAACCUGUGCGGCCGCAAGUACGACGAAAAGGACUCGCUCUUCUUCAAGCUGAGUGGAGGCGAAGCGGCGGUGGCCGAAGCCAAGGAGGCCAUCACUCGCGCGAGUGUCAAGUUCGGUGCGCGCCGCGAGAGCGUCGAGUUCGAGACGGACAAGGAGCGAGCCGCCAAGAUCUGGGAAGGGCGCAAGGCUGCACUGUGGGCGGUGGCUGCUACCAACGAGGCACCGGGUGUCAAGGUGUGGACCACCGAUGUGUGUGUUCCCAUCUCGGCACUUCCCAGGCUCGUGCGCGAGUCGCAAAAGGACUUCCAAGAAUCGGGACUUACGGGAACGGCCAUCGUCGGCCAUGCGGGCGAUGGAAACUUCCACGCGCUCAUCCCCUUCAACGCAUCGGAUCCCAAGGAGCUCCAAACCACCACCGAGGUGGUCGGAAGACUAUGCGAGCGCGCGCAGAAGCUCCAGGGCACGUGCACGGGCGAACACGGCGUGGGCAUGGGCAAGAUCGAGUACCUCGAGAAAGAGCUGCCCGCCGCCACCAUCCGCGUCAUGAAGGCCAUCAAACUCGCACUCGACCCCAACAACCUGCUCAACCCCGGCAAGCUGUACCCGCACCCUGCCGCCACCGCGUCGUCGUAG